UUAUCAUUAUCACUAGUCACACUCGAGCGUUUGAGAAAUGAAGUUUUACAUUUUGUUAACGGUUGUUACAACAGUCUGGGCGAAAUGUCGGUUGCAAGUGGCGGAAGGGAUGCCCAACAGGACUCUCUGCACCGUCGAGACGCUGGAAGAGGACUCACUCAAGUUGAAAAACCAGAAAAACGCCGAUUUUUUAUACGUGGACGUUUCCCACGGGGAAAUCCCGAAAGACGCGUUUGCGAAGUUGAAGUCCCGGAAAGAAUUGUGGUUUUUGGGUGAGAAUAUCACGUACAUCCAGCCCGGAGCGUUCGCUGGUUUGACCGAAUUGGACAAUUUGGCGGUCACUAACACUCUCAUAACGAACGUUUCAAGGAAUAGUUUCAGUGGUGUCCCCAAUUUGAAAGUGUUGAGUUUGAUUAAAAACAAGAUUGAGUUUAUCGAAGACGGGGCGUUUAGUGGCCUGGGCGGUUUGCAGCAGCUUUUGCUGAAUGAGAACCGCUUGCGGAGGAUAAACGAGACGACGUUCCACGGCUUGGAGCACUUGCAGGCGUUGUACUUGGACGACAACCCCAUCGAGUACAUCCACGUGAACGCGUUGAGGAAAAUGACGAAUUUGACAAGACUUGUUAUCAGUUUUGUUAAGGAUAAAACCGUCGAUGAGGCAGCUCUAGACUUUAUCGAUGAUAAUCGCAAAAUUGUGCAUUAUGUAAAGUUGUAAGUUCCAAUAAAAUGUAAAGCGAU